CUGCCGUCCUGAGCUCCAAUGCAUGAGACGCACUAUACCAAUCCCAGAAAGGCCUGAGUUCACCGUGCUCGAAUACCCGGGAUGGCUUGAGUAUCGCGUACAAGCCCCCGGAGCCACCGCCAAAUUCAGCGGUCUUGGCGUCGGUGCUUGUGUCGUUCUGGGCGUAGCAUACUUCUGGCAGACGAUCAUAUCAAGUCCGCGCUACGCAGUGUUCACUGCAGUCGUAGUGCUCUUCCACUUGUACAGUCACUUGACAAACCUGCUCUGGGAGUCUGUCGUUAUCCUACCCUCGUUGGGAAUACAACUGGAAACCCACAGGGGCUUCCUCGGCUUCCCGCUGUUUGCGGCGCGACGCUUCAUACCCUGGUCAUCACUAGAAGACUUCCUCAUCAACGAGGGCAUACGCGGAUGGGAUAUCCGUUACUACCUAGUAGCGCUUCACCGCACCCAGCAAGGUGCACUAAAACUGGAUGUCGCCUUUGAGAGCAUCCUCCCUCGCUUCCCAAUCUUGCUGAAGGUGUACCACGGCGUCCGGGAAGCGUUGCAGACAGAGAAUGAGCGAGCGAACAGCCAGAUACAUAGCACUGAUGAUAGCAGUAGAUCGGCUUCAACAGACAGCGGGGCCAAUAAAUAG